AGGUUUCUUUCUCAGUCACCUGCUCGACGCCCCAGGACCCGGGCACGCCACCAGCUGCUCCGCAAGAAGCGCUACCUAAGAAGCGGCAGUUAUACCAAACAUCUCUUUUGGCCGAGGCUGGAUUGUAGCGGUUUUUCGCUCGGCGAGAGAGUCUGAGAGAAAAGGUUGCCAGAAGUUGUCAGUAAGCAGACGUGAUGAACAAAGCUACCGUCGUCUUCGCUGUUAUCUGUGCGCUCCUCCAUGCAGGGGCGGCGCUACAGUGCUACUCUGGCGUCGGCGACACGAGCAACACCGCCAGCUGCUCGGGCUCCUGCUUGAAAACCGAAGCCGCUUACGAGGACGACUCGGGCGUGGCGAGGUCCUGCUCGCCCAUCCACUUCAAGGACGACUGCCACGAGCAGACGGCGCUGGUCACGGUCAAGAUAUGCUACUGCAACAGCGACUACUGCAACGCCGCGCCGCCCGCCGCCGCCGCCGCCUCCUGGCCGCUGGCCUUCGCGUCCCUGGCCCUGGCACUGCGCGCGGCUCUCCUCUAGGGAGGGCGCGGGCACACGCGCCGGCGGGGACGCAGACGCCGGCGGCACGAGCAGCCUCCUUCAUGAUUUAGGACGCUCUUGUUCAUCCACCGUGUUAGCUUCCCCGAAAGUAAUUUCCACUUCAGCUUACAUUAGUAUUUGUGUGGCUAUAUAAGAAUACAUAUACGUAUAUAUACACACACACACAUAUAUAUACAUAUAUAU